AUGAUUUGGCGACCAACUAGGGGCGAUUUCUUCUUUGAUUUUCAUCCUAAUCCUCGCGAGAAAUCUCUUCUUGUUGGUGGUCAUUGUGGUGGAGGUGGCUGCUACCAACCCCCACAGUAUUGCAGGGUUCAGAUUCUGCUGCUUUUUCGUACAAGCGAGAGGAAUUUACCAUUAAUGGGCGCGAUUGAUUUUUUCUGCUUUCCUUCAUCACUUUGCAUUGAUAGAACCAGCCACAGACUUAGUUCCAGUUGUUGUUCAGUCGAAGGAAAACUAAAGAGGAGUGGAAUUACAUAUAUGGCCUCCUCCGUGCCUGUAAAAGAGGAGAGUCAACAGCAUUUGGGAUGCUCAGUUACGGGGGAUUCGUUUAUUCGGCCUCAUCUCCGCAAAUUAUCCCCCUAUCAGCCGAUUCUGCCCUUUGAGAUAUUGUCUACACGUCUUGGUAGGAAGCCUGAAGAUAUCGUAAAACUUGAUGCGAAUGAAAACCCGUACGGUCCACCACCAGAGGUUUUAGAAGCUUUGGGGUCCAUGAGAUUCCCUUAUAUUUAUCCUGACCCUGAAAGCCGUAGUUUACGAGCAGCACUUGCUGAAGAUUCAGGCAUUGAAUCUGAAUAUAUUCUUGCUGGCUGUGGUGCAGAUGAAUUGAUUGACUUGAUUAUGCGAUGCGUAUUGGAUCCUGGUGACAAAAUCGUGGACUGCCCACCAACCUUUACGAUGUAUGAGUUUGAUGCGGCUGUUAAUGCUGCACUUGUCAUCAAGGUGUCUCGGAAGUCAGACUUCAGCUUGGAUGUAGAACGGAUUGCUGAAGUUGUUGAGCAGGAGAGACCUAAGUGCAUAUUCCUAACUUCACCUAAUAAUCCAGAUGGGAGUAUAAUCAAUGAUGAAGCCCUUUUGAAAAUACUUGCUCUGCCUGUAUUGGUUGUGCUGGAUGAAGCGUACAUUGAAUUUUCUGGAAUUGAGUCUAGGAUGAGCUGGGUGAAGAAGUAUGAGAAUCUAAUAGUACUUCGGACAUUCAGCAAAAGAGCUGGUUUAGCAGGAAUUCGAGUUGGAUAUGGAGCAUUUCCAUUGAGCAUUAUUGAAUAUUUAUGGAGGGCCAAACAACCAUAUAAUGUGUCCGUUGCUGCUGAAAUUUCUGCAUGUGCAGCCUUGAAGAAUCCCAUGUAUCUAGAGAAUGUUAAAGUGGCUUUGGUGCAAGAAAGGGAUCGACUCUUUAAACUUUUGAACGAAGUACCAUUUCUCAAUCCAUAUCCAAGCUAUUCUAAUUUCAUUCUUUGUGAGGUUACAUCUGGAAUGGAUGCUAAGAAGUUGAAGGAAGACCUUGCGAAAAUGGCUGUGAUGAUUCGUCACUACAAUAAUAAAGAACUAUCUGGUUAUGUUCGGGUCUCUGUUGGGAAGCCCGAGCACACUGAUGCCUUAAUGGAGUGUUUAGCGGGAAUUCGAGUUGGAUAUGGAGCAUUUCCAUUGAGCAUUAUUGAAUAUUUAUGGAGGGCCAAACAACCAUAUAAUGUGUCCGUUGCUGCUGAAAUUUCUGCAUGUGCGGCCUUGAAGAAUCCCGUGUAUCUAGAGAAUGUUAAAGUGGCUUUGGUGCAAGAAAGGGAUCGACUCUUUAAACUUUUGAACGAAGUACCAUUUCUCAAUCCAUAUCCAAGCUAUUCUAAUUUCAUUCUUUGCGAGGUUACAUCUGGAAUGGAUGCUAAGAAGUUGAAGGAAGACCUUGCGAAAAUGGCUGUGAUGAUUCGUCACUACAAUAAUAAAGAACUAUCUGGUUAUGUUCGGUGGGUUAGAAUGAAAUUUUCUUUGCUUCAAAGGUUUAAUGCAUGUGGAAACGGCCUUGUGAUCAUGGACCUCAUUCGAUCUCAUGAAGACUACUUCAAAUAG